AUGUCAGCACAAGAAUACUUCGGCGGGUCUUCUCAAAACCCUCCUCGUCGGGAGGAAUCCCACACUCCUGGACCCUGGAACUCAUCGACGCCUGGACCGGGCACGCCUCGCACCGGCGCCUACAGUCCCUAUCCCCCCUCCGAGAACUACUAUCGUCCGAACUCCAACCCCAACCCCAACCCCAAUCAGAACUACUAUGCCUCCUCACCAGACCCCAGGAUGGCGCAGGGGUCAUGGAGCGGACCUUCUCCUUCCCCCUCUCUAGGCGGCGAAGGCUACCCCCACCAGCCGUACGGACAGCAACCGCAGCCCCCGUACCCUCAGCAGGGAGGAUCAUCCCCCACGCCUUCUGGCUACCCCCCGUACCCUCCACAAGAAGGAGGAGCACCCUACAAUGACCGCCCAUAUUCCCCCUACCAGCAGCAGCAACAGCAACAGCAGCCCGGCCACCAACAACCCCCACCCUACAGCACCAACCCCAACCUCCCGCCGGGCGCCACCGACGACCAAGACCGCGGCUUCCUGGGGGCCGUGACCGGCGGCGCGGCCGGCGCCUUCGCAGGCCACAAGGUGAACCACGGCUUCCUGGGCGCGAUCGGCGGCGCGCUGACGGGCUCCGUCGCGGAAGACGCCAUCAAGAACCACCGCAAGAAGAAAGAGGAGGAAGAAAAGGAAGCCCUCCGCCGGCAGAAGGAGGCCCUCAAGGAGCAGAAGCGCCGCGAGAAGGAAGAGCACAAGAUGCAGCGUCGCGCCGACCGUCACCACCACCGCCGCCACUCCAACUCGUCGUCCUCCUCGUCGUCGUCCUCGUCCGAUGACGAACGGAAGCACCGUCCCGGGAAAACCUUCCGCGGGAACUUCUCCGGCUCCUCCCGCGAGAUCCGGCUCGAGGGGUACCACGAGCUCGUGGCCUACUGCGGCGACGUCGACGGCCGCCAGCACCGCUCGGUCAUCCCGCUCAACGACGUCCUCACCAACUCCUGGGGCGAGUUCAAGUGGGCCCGCCACGGCAAUUUCGCUGCCUCGGCGAGCAAUGUCCACCUCGAGGAUGGGGGCCGCGUCCUGGUGGCGGAUCUCGGCGAUGGCAAUGGAGGGUGGAAGAGGAGCUGGAUCCGCUUGGAUGAGAGGAUCUCGAACCAGAAUGGGCGGUUGGUGUUUUUGGAUUAG